CUUACACUUAUUUGUUUAAUGUGAUUCUAAAGAAAGCAUAUCUUGUUUAUCCGUUCCAAAGUCAGCAUUUGGACAUACGUAGCUCUACACUGGUAAUCAUUUGAUGGCUAAAUAAUAAUAGGAUUUUAUCAUGAAUAUGUGUUACAGUAUGUGUGGCAAGCACACGUGGGCUCACAACAUUAAAGAGUACAGUAAUGAAUGAAACUUUACUGUUAGCACGUCUGACCAAAGAAGGAAGAAGUAAGAACACACACACACACACAGUGAUGGUAUUGGUGUAUGUCAUCUGUGGGUUUCAAGGGAGACCUCAUUUUGUUCUGACAUUUAGGUUACAGUGAGUGAUUUAGAGCUGUAACAGUAAAAAUAUGCAAAUAUGUUUCGUGAAAAAAAGCAAAGUGACAAAAAAGUAUGACCCAUAUUCCUCAAUAUUCAUUGGAAUAUUGAGAAGAUUUUCUCAUGCCUGUCCUGACACAAUGUAUUGUUUUUCCCUCACCACUCCCACAGCCCACUUGGUGUUUAAAAACCCUAGCUAGGUAGAAAUUGCUUCAAUUGCCAUAAACUGCAUAUCUGAUUCAGAACUUGCAGAAUGAACUGCAUGACAAAUCCACGCAAAGGUGCUUUUCAAAUCGCUCAUUAACUUUUUGAUUGAUUAACAUGGAAAUUAAUAGUCGUUUAGAUUAUUUUGAAAAGUUCAAUAUUCAGUAUGGAUAGAUGAAUUUACAGUUACAGCAAGGUCUUAAAAAUGCUGAUGCAGUACUUCCUUUCUGUGUAAUUCAGUGGUUUUAUUUGUAACCUAUUUCUUUACACAUCUGAGAUACUCAUCAGCAUUGUAAGCAUGAUCAAGAAAGAAAACCUGACAUAGUUGAAGUAAUGACACGUAUAAGGCUUUUAAGCUUUAUAACCCAAGUCCAUAUAUUCCAAGUCCUCUAACGCCACAUGACAUAUUUGUGUAAACGGAUCAUAAUAAAGUUGUUUUUCACUGGAAGUUGUGACAUUCAUCUAGAGCCUUUGGCAUGUUAAUGGCAAAAGCAGCAUGUCUAUUAAUAAUUUUUGCAUCUCAAAAAAUGUAUUUUACAAACUGGACAUCACUACAUCUUUCAGAAAAGCCAGACAUUUUGUGAAUAACUGAACAGUACAGUAUAAAGUUUAAAAAUAUUUUUAUGGUGCUUCAUGUGCCCAUUUUGAAGUUCAAGUCCCUCAUUACUGCUAUUACAUGAGGAGAAAAUGACCCCGAAGAAAUAUUCUCACACUGCUAUAAAAUGGCCGGAGAGUGAGUAAAUGAUCGCAAAAUGUUCAUUUUGGGGGGAAACACGCAACACAAAAUUUGUGCAACAAAUGAAUGCUCUCUGUCCCGAUAUCUCUUAGAGACGUGUGCUGAGAUGACAGGAAGGAAGGCGAGAGAACGUAAGCAAAACGCAGAGGGCGUACAGAAAAAGCGGGGGUUUCCAGUACAGAGGCCAACAAAGAGUAACAGAGGGGUAUAGUGGGUGACAUGAAAAGAGCUAGACCUAUAGAGAGGAAAAAUAAUUAAUUCCUAUGAUUGAAUGAACUCAAAUGCUGAAACACAGCAGAGAAGAGACAGCGAUAAAGAGCGAGAGUAAGCCAGAAAAAGAGAGUAAGAGGGCAAGGACUGAAGAUAAAAGGUUAACUGACGCAGAGGACCGGACUGGUAUGAUCUAAUAAUCCUCGAUUCCUCGGACGGAAGCAAGGCGACCUGUAAACAAAGCAGAAAUGGGAGAAAGAAAAUGCAAAGAGACAAAAUGUCCAAAAGGAAAUUUUGUGCAUCAAUGUAAUGCUACUUUUGUAAAAUGUGAACCUUGCCCAUCUAACACCUUCACUGCUGUAGACAACCAUAUGGACAGCUGUCUACCCUGCAGAGUGUGCCCCAGCAUCAGUAAUUUAAUGCCAGACGUGGAGUGUGGGGCAGACAGAAACAGGCAGUGCAAAUGUAAGCCAGGCUACUACUGCAAAAAUCUAACUGAAGACCACUGCGAACACUGUUCUCCUGUGUCCAGGUGCCCCCCAGGGCAAGGGGUCACCAAGAAUCACACGGACUUGGAAGACACAAAGUGCAAGCCCUGUCCAGACGGCACCUAUAAUAACGUGACAGACUACAUCUCCAGCUGCAAAAAUCAUACCAGUUGUGCGUAUCUGGGUCGACAUCUAAAGGAUCCUGGGAACCCAACGACAGAUGCUAAAUGUGGAGAUUUUCAAGCAUGUAGAUCUUGUAAUUGGAUGUUACCUGCUGGUCUGUGGGCAGGUCUUGCGGUUACUGCCCUUAUUAUAUUUCUGGUCCUAUUUAUUAUCUAUCGGAGAACCAAACGUCGGUCACAAAACUCAGUGAUGAUUUCAGAGUAUUUCAGCUCCACCUCGCCGACAUUUCCUCCAGACAUCCUGAAAUGUCCUGCAAGUUGUGGUUUGGAGAAAUAUCAAGAGGAUCAGAAACUCACGCAUAUAGCUGAAAAUCACUCAAACAUGGACUGUUCCACAAAGUGUGAUUUUGGGACAACACAAGUCAUGAGAGUGUCAGAAAAAUACACGACUGCAAAUGAUUGUACAGAUAGAAUCAUAUUUCAUUCCAUCUAUCAAUCAGAGCCACAGGAGACAGAAUGGCAUGAUUAACAAGACAUUAACCCGUUCCUGUUUAUUUGACAAUUACCUAUAUGUUGUAUGUUUUGUAAUCUCUCUAUGUUCCUGAAGAAAAUAUUGAUUUCCAUUUGUUUAGCAGCACAGAGAUAUUCUACCACUCACAAAACGCUCACAUCUACAGUGAGCUAGAUGAAUUAAACCUGUAAAUAUUUACCUGUACAGUUUGUUUGUAUGCUUUCACAUUGAAAACACAAAGUUCACAUUUGGUGAUGAGGAAAUAUAUGAUUAGGUACUCUACUAAAAACUAAAAAGAACUCAUUUUUUACCCUUAAGUUGCUCAAAACUUGUAUAUAACGUUUUCUUCUAUGAAACACAAAAGAAGAUAUUUUGAGAAGUGUCUCUGUGGUUCUGUGUGCAUACAAUGUAAAUAAACGGAGGCCAGUGUGGUUACAAACUUUCUUCAAAAUAUAUUAUGUUGUGUUCAGCAGAAGUAAGUCAUGGAGGUUCGAAUGAGUCCUGAGUGAGCAAAUGAUCGAUGAAUUUUUACUUGGGUGAACUAUCACUUUAAGUUAACGCCAUACCAUGGUCUUACCAGUAGAUGUCGCAUUUGACCACCAGACCACCAAUCAUAGCACACCUCGCUUUUCAGAGCGAUGAGCUUUGUACAAAAUCCGCGGGGCAAAGAGGAGAUACAAACAUGCACGGUAUGUGGAAAAUAAAGCGAUUUUGAACCUUAAAUCGUGUAUACACAUUGCAUUACAUCUAAAACAAAUGAUACUAUUUGUUUAGCCGUGUCGUAUUGAAUUUCACUGACAAGCCUAUCAGCCUGCCAUAGUCACGUGCUUGUUCACAAGCAGAAUGCAUGUCCAGAUUAAGCAAGAUUUCAGAUAUCCAAUUUCAGAUAACAAAGACAACGAGCAGCUUUAUUAUCUCAAAGCAAGAGUAGCUUUUUAGCUGUUGAAAUAGUGGUCUCUUAUUGCCCCCUGGUGGUCAAAUGAAGGAAAACCCACUGCUUGACUACCCACUAGUUUUAAGGAAUCGCUAUAAUACUUCUGUCAUUUUUAACACUUAAACUCUGACGUAUAAAGAAUGGCAAAAAUAUUUCAACACACAUUUACACACAAAAUAAACAUAAAAUUAACUGUAAUCACAAACAGAACAGAUCUGAUUCGAGACAAGACACCGAUGAUGGGUCUCUUCCAGCCCCUGCAUUAAGUGCGUUUAGUUGUGGAUUAGUAUUCAAAAAGCAACCAGAAGCAAAUAUUUCACAGUCACUGGAUUUUAUGGUAAUACAAACUGUUGUAUUCUAAUAGUUGAGAACACAAUAACACGGCAUCGUGUUCAAGACCAUACAUGAUUUAGCACUUGGGCAUUGUUUUAAAAGUACAGUGCGUCAAUCACAGACAAAGGUAUUGUUACAAUCCAGUAGCAGGACAUCGUACUUUAUAUUUACGAAUUAAAAUUCAAGGAACUCAAGCUGUGCUUGACUAUCUAAAUGCAAAACCACAGGCUUAUUUCUUCAUACUGUGAAAUAUCAGCAAGACAUUUUAGUAUUUCAUGAAUCCAGAUCUUUACAGUACGAUCCAUAAAUGCUUCCUAAUGGCAACAGGGCUGAAACUCAACUCAUUGAGGGAUAGAAAUAUUUCAUAGAGAGGAAACAAUUUUGUCAUUGGUGGUCCCCGUUUUUUGCUGAUAUGGGGGGGGGGUCUCUGUGGUAACGUAGCCCCUCUCUGAGCCCUGAGCUCUACAGACACGCUGAACUCAAAAGCUUUCUUUCUAUUGCUAUCCUUCACUCAGCCUUCUUAAAGACUUGCUUGGCAGUGACACCCUCAGCCCUCAACUCC